AACACGAAGUUUAAAAAAAAAAUCCGCACACAAACUCCGACAUGGAACCAAAAACGUUACUGCCUGCCGUAUUAUUACUUCUGAUAAAUGUCAUCGGCAACGAAUCUUACAAAAUACUUGGAAUAUUUCACACAUGCUCGAAGUCUCACUACAUUGUCGGUGGAGCGUUGAUGAAAGGAUUGGCUGAGAAAGGACAUGAUGUCACGGUCAUUACUCCAUUUCCUCAUAGUGAACCAAUAAAAAAUUUCCAUGAAGUUCCAGUAACUGGAAUAGAACAACUAUUUGAGGAAUCCCUUCCCGAGAACGUGCUCGUGGACAUGGGCAAUAGAAGUACAAUAGAGACGCUUAAUAUAAUUUUGAGUGCGGGUCUGAUGAUGACCAAUUACACAUUGAACCACGAAGUUUUCCAAAAAUUUCUUCAUACCAAAGAUAUUCACUUUGAUGUAGUCGUAAUGGAAGUAUUUCUGAAUGAAGCCUUCCUUGGCAUCGGACACUAUUUCAACGCACCAGUCAUUGGAUUCUCAGCAUUCGGCGCAAGUAAGUCUACGAAUAAUAUGGUUGGAACACCUACUCCAAUGUCCUAUAUUCCACAUAUUGCAUUCGCUGACCUCGAGUCGUUCCUACAACGGGUGAUCAAUGUACUGGGAUAUAUCGGUGAGGAAAUUAUCAUGAAUUGGUUUUAUAUGCCGGAACAGGAGAAGAUCUACAACGCAAUAUUUCCGGAUCCGAAACCGAAACUCGAAGAACUACAGAAGAAUGUGUCACUGGUACUGCUAAACAAUCACUUCAGUUUAAGUUUUCCUCGGCCGUACGUACCGAAUAUGAUUGAAGUCGGUGGACUACAAAUUAAUCGCACGCCGAAACCGCUUCCAUCAGAUUUGCAAACACUUAUGGACGAAGCCAUUCAUGGGGUCAUCUAUUUCUCGCUGGGAUCAAACAUUAAAUCGAAACACAUUCCCGCCGACCAACAGAUCGAAAUUUUAAAUGUUUUCCGGAAACUGAAGCAAACAGUGCUGUGGAAAUGGGACGGACAGGUGGCAGAUGGAAAACCUAAUAAUGUUUAUGUCAGCGCAUGGUAUCCUCAAGACGAUCUUCUGGCUCAUCCCAAUGUGAAGUUGUUCAUCACCCAUGGCGGUUUGUUGAGUCUUACAGAGACCAUUUAUCAUGCGGUACCAAUCAUUGGUAUACCAUUUUUUGCUGAUCAGCAAGUCAAUAUGGCUAGGGCUGAAAGGUUAGGAUACGCCAAAACUAUUUUACCGAAGGAAUUAGGUCGGGAGAGCCUUUCAGCAGCAAUAAAGGAGGUACUUACGAACGACAAAUACGCACAUCAAAUAAAAAUUAUGUCCGAACGGUACCGUGAUCAACCUAUGACACCUUUAGAUACUGCCAUUUACUGGACAGAAUACGUAGUUCGCCACAGGGGAGCGCAACAUUUACGUUCAGCUGGUUUGGAUCUAACAUUUUUCGCUUAUCACAGUCUCGACGUAUUCGCUGCCUUAUUGGCUGCAGUUUUAGCUAUUUCUUUUGUGUUUUGGAGGCUCGUCAGAUGGAGCGGUUGUAGAAUAGUUUCUAAAAUUGUCAACAAGAGAAAGGUUGAUUGAUAAAAUCAAUUCUCUUAUGUAUAUACACC